GCUGCCCUUUCUCUCUUCAUGGUAUUAAAAAAGAUAAUAUGUGGAUUUUGUCUAUUAAUAAUUCACAUCAUUGUCAUGAACCAUCACAAGAUAUACUGUCUUCACUUCGUCAAAAUGAUCCUUCAAUUUCUACAACAUCACAAGAUGUGUAUAAUAUUCGCAAAAAACUUUAUCGAGAAAACUUGAAAGAUCGUACACCUAUUCAAGCACUUGUAGAGGAGCUUGACAAAAGUCAAUUUGAAUAUAACUACCAGUGCAAUGCUGAUGGACAUAUAACGCAUCUUUUUUUUGCUCAUCAUAAAUCUAUAGAAUUGAUGCAUACUUAUUCUUCUGUAUUGUUAAUGGAUUGUACUUACAAGACUAAUAAAUUUAAGCUACCUCUUCUUAACAUAGUGGUUGUCUUGCUUACUGAGCCACUUAAAGUUUUUGUAACAGAUCGCGAAUUAGCACUUAUACAUGCAAUCCAUGAUAUAUUUCCAAACUCAAAGAAUAUUCUUU